AUGACGACCGCUUCUGUGAGUCAGAGUUGUUUCCCCAUAAUGAGUUUCUUACACGUGCCGGGAAAGAUGUCACAGCCUUUGUGGCUUAUGAUGGGAACCGCUUUCCUAGUGAAUGUAUCUCGUAGGACUGGGACGGCAGCGUGUCCUUUUGGUAGUGCAGAUGCUUCCGAUGGUGUUGACAGCUCUGCGCACAAGAGGAGGCGUUUCCUCCUCACAGCCAAACACACUUUUGUGCCGUGGCAGUUCACGGACCCGCAGAGGCUGAAGGUUCCUGAGGAGUAUCGUCGAACGCGCUUCGUUAUUGGUCGUCUUUAUAUCCCGGACAGUGAAGGGAAGGCUGUGGCCUCUCUGUCUGUUGACUUGAAGUUGGUGGCCAUGCACCCUACUGCUGAUGUUGCGGUACUAGUUGCGAAGGUUCCAACAUCGGUAGCGUCGGAUGCCGCGGGCACUGCUUCGAGGUCGGCCGUAAGUGAAAGGUUUGACGCACACGCCGAGCUGGAGAGGCGGGCGAAUGCGGUUGGUGGUGGAUUAACGUUGGCACCUGAGGACCCCCAGAAGGGCAGCGUGUGUUCCAUUGCAGGAUACCGUGGUACAGGCCUGCUGGGCAAAUUGGACACCUUUGACCCUGAUCUGUUAGAUCGGUUAUCGGAGACCGAGCGUGGGCAGCUUCUUUCUUCUUUACGGUGCGUGGAGGGACAGCAAGAAGCCGCAGUGGCUCGUGUUAAGAUAUUCCACUCAAAGGGUAUGUGCCGUGCAGAGGAGGGAAGUUGUUUUCACGGCAUGUCAGGGGCUCCAGUGUUGACAGAUGAGAAAACAUGUGGUGGUGUCUUGUACGGCAAACACCCGGAUGAUGCCAACAGCGUGGGGUACGUUCCCGUGCGAAGCUUUGAUGGCUUCGUUUGGGACUCAGUGAUUGGGAAGUGA